AAUAAUUUUGUUUGGGUGAUUAAUCUGUGUUAAUCGUGCAACUGCAAAACAAAAUCUUCCCCUUCCCUGAAAGAAAACGGGGACGAAAUUUUGGUUAAAACCUGAACUUGAAUGCACGCAGCGCAGCAGAGGGGAGGGGCGUCGUUCUACUGCAAACGUUCCCCAUUAAAAUUAAUUAAUUUCACCACUGAACAACCCCAUCUAUCUAUAAUUACAGAGAAGUGUGAGAAAGAGAGAGCGCCUGCUAGAUCUUAGGGUGAAUAUAUCAUUUACAGAGAGACAAGGGAGCUACUGGGGGGACAAUUUUGUUGGAUCGUCCGGGAUGGGGUUGAUUUCCGGGAUUCUGAUGGGGAUUCUGUUCGGAAUCGGAUUGAUGGCUGGUUGGCGACACAUGAUGAGAUAUCGGAGCAGCAAGCGAACGGCCAAAGCAGUUGACGUUAAACUAAUGGGAUGCCUUGACAGGGAUGACUUGAAGAAAAUAUGCGGUGAAAACUUUCCUGAAUGGAUUUCAUUCCCUGUCUAUGAGCAGGUCAAAUGGUUGAACAAACAAUUGAGCAAACUGUGGCCGUUUAUUGCUGAAGCAGCAGAGGCUAUUAUUAAGAUGUCUGUUGAACCCCUACUAGAAGAAUACCGACCUCCAGGAAUUUCUUCGUUAAAGUUCAAGAAACUGUCCCUAGGAACCGUGGCACCAAAGAUUGAAGGUAUCCGUGUCCAGAGCCUUAAGAAGGGUCAAAUUAUAAUGGAUAUUGACUUUCGGUGGGGUGGAGAUCCCAGCAUCAUUCUAGCUGUGGAAGCUUUGGUUGCUUCUAUUCCAAUUCAGUUGAAAGAUCUUCAAGUUUUCACAGUUAUUCGUGUUAUCUUCCAACUUUCCGAGGAAAUACCAUGCAUAUCUGCUGUUGUUGUUGCUUUACUUUCUGAGCCAAAACCAAAAAUUGAUUAUGUGUUGAAGGCUGUUGGUGGAAGUUUAACAGCCGUUCCUGGAAUCUCAGAUAUGAUUGAUGACACUGUAGAAACCAUUGUUACAGAUAUGCUACAGUGGCCCCAUAGAAUUGUUGUUCCAAUCGGUGGCAUGGAUGUCAAUACAAGUGAUUUGGAGCUAAAGCCACAGGGAAAGCUCACAGUAACUAUAGUCAAGGCUACUAACUUAAAGAACCAGGAAAUGAUUGGAAAAUCGGAUCCAUAUGCAGUUAUUCAUAUCCGUCCACUGUUCAAGGUUAAAACAAAAACUAUAGACAACAACCUCAAUCCUGUUUGGAAUGAGACGUUUGAGUUAAUUGCAGAAGAUAAGGAGACACAGUUUGUAACCCUUGAGGUCUUUGAUAAAGACAACGUUGGGCAAGAUGAGCGAAUGGGAAUUGCCAGGUUACCUUUGAAGGAUCUUGAAGCCGACACCCUAAAGGAAAUUGAUUUGCAAUUGCUGCCAAAACUAGAUAUGCUUAAAGUCAAAGACAAGAAGGAUAGAGGGACCAUUACAAUUAAGGUCCUGUAUCAUGAGUUCAACAAGGAAGAGCAGGAAGCUGCACUGGAGGAAGAGAAGAGAAUCCUGGAAGAAAGGAAGAAACUGAAAGCAGAAGGGGUGAUAGGGAGCACAAUGGAUGCCCUAGACGGGGCGGCAUCACUUGUCGGCAGCGGCAUAGGCGCUGGUGUUGGGGUGGUGGGAAGUGGGUUCGGAGCCGUUGGUAGCGGGCUGAGUAAAGCUGGAAGGUUUAUGGGCAGGACGUUUACUGGGGGGAGUAGCACAAAGGGUCAGAAGAGCGCGGGCCCCUCGACCACCGCAGCCAACCCUAUUCAAGAAAACGGCCCCUCUAAGCCGCUGUAAGACCGCCAAAUAAACAUGUUUUUUUUACAGUGCUAGGCAUUUAUUCAUAUCAAGCGCGGUUUUCAUUUCAUCAUGUUUAUACAUUCUCUUCUGGCUUCUUGGGUGUGUUUGGCUCACAUAACACUGUACAGAACUUGCUCAUCAUCUCUUCAAAUUCUUAGAACAGAAGAGCUGUGGUUUAUUAAGACUCUGUUUUCCUGUGUUUCGUCUGUCUCGGCCCUUGAUGGGCUGGUGCUAUCAGGUGUAUAUAUAUUGGUUUGAUCAUCGUAAAUAUAAACUAGGACUAAUG